AUGUGAGGGAGAGCGUCUUCUCCAAUCAACGACUACUCUAAUUUGGUAGCGUCCUUUUUACGACGUCGUUUCAUCCUUUUUCAUACUUCAUUCUUCUCUCUCUCCCCCAAAACGCAAUUCUCUCUCUUGUCUCUCUUUCAAUUCUCUGUCAAAAAAUCUUCAACCUUUAUAGCCUCUGAUCAUAUCCAAUCUCCAAAAGGUCUCCUUUGUUGCCGUUUUCAGAUUCUCUUGGAUUCAAGGAAUUGCAAUAAAACAAAAACAAAAAGACUCUGUGUUUCAGACAAAUCGAUCUUCCAGAUGGGAAGCUGUGUCUCUAAGGGAAAAGACGAAGAUGAUUCAAUCCAUAACGUUGAUUUUACCGGUGGAAACGUUCAUCUCAUCACAACUAAAGAAAGCUGGGAUGAGAAAAUAGCCGAAGCUGGCCGUGAUGGCAAAAUCGUGAUUGCAAACUUCAGCGCGACUUGGUGUGGGCCUUGUAAGGUCGUGGCACCGUUUUUCGUCGAGCUCUCUGAGAAACAUCCUUCUAUCAUGUUCCUUCUUGUUGAUGUUGAUGAACUCGCCGAUUUUAGCUCAUCAUGGGACAUAAAGGCAACACCAACCUUCUUUUUUCUUAAGAAUGGACAGCAGAUAGGCAAGCUUGUCGGAGCGAACAAGCCUGAGCUACAGAAGAAGGUUACUUCCAUCGUCGACUCUGGACCUGAAAGUCCACAACGGCCUUGAAGAGGCGCACCCUUGUGUGUUCCCUUCUUCACGGUGGAAAAAAUGUUUUGAAAAAGUCUCUGUGUUCUGAUCAAUGGAUGUAAAAUUGCGAAAGAUGUCAUGAAUCUUACCUCAGAUAUUAUAAACUUUGUAACGUCUCUAUCUAAAGGUCAAUGUUAGUUGCUCUGGUUCUGGUUCAA